UGAAGCGAAUGGGAGUUUGUUGAAGUUUGUUUACUAAAGAUUAGAAGGAAUCUUCCUGAGAAAUCCUUCAUUUUACACUUUUGUACGACAAAAUAGUGCCUUGUCUGUUCAUUCACAAUGUUCAACAAUUUAUUUGGCAAGAAACCAACGGUAAAAGAGCAACAGCGCGAGAAUGACAGGGCGCUGAGGAAGGCCGGGAGAGACAUUGAGCGGGAGAGAAAGAAGCUGGAAAUGGAGGAGAAGAAGCUGGAGAUGGAGAUCAAGAAGAAUGCUCAGGCGGGGAAUAAGGAAGCCUGCACUCUGCUGGCCAAGCAACUCAUCCAGCUGCGGAAGCAGAAGAAUCGCACGUACGCUGCCAACAGCAAGAUCACCAGCGUCGGCUUCCAGAACAAGACAAUCGGCGCGAAUAUCGCUCUGUCCGGCGCCAUGGCGACCACGGCCAAGACGAUGGGCGACAUGAACAAGGUGAUGCGUCCGGAGAAGCUGGCCGGCGACAUGAGGGCCUUCCAGCAGGCGAACAUGAAGAUGGAGAUGACGGACGAGAUGAUUAACGACACGAUGGACGAUAUUUUGGCGGAAUCUGGAGACGAAGAGGAAUCCGAUCAGAUUGUCAACAAGGUUCUGGAUGAGAUUGGCAUCGAAAUGUCCGGCAAGAUGUCAGAGGCUCCAUCGGCAAUCUCAGGCACCAUUGGCGAAUCCUCCAGAGCAACGACUGAGCGCGAUAUUGAAGCCCAACUGGCGAAAUUGCGAUCCGCUUAACUUCAAGCAUUCCGCGUCCUGCUUCUGUACAUAAAAUCCUCGUCCAGCAAAUGCACAAAUUCACACCGCGAGUCAAAGAAAAAGAAAAGAUCAUGUCUGUGAGUCAAAUUUGUAUUGUUAUUUAAGAGAAGGGAUAGAAUUUUACCUUGAGAUUUUGAUAUUUACAAUGUAGACAACAAAGAAUGUUAGUCAAUAUGAAAUUA